AUGUCCAAGAUAGUAAGAUCGAUGAAGAAUGUUGUUGGAGGCUACUCAUCAGCACAAGUGUUGGUGAGAAAUGCAACCUCAAAUGACCCCACGGGACCAACAACCUAUGAUAUGGAAGAAAUAGCUUCCUGCACCUAUCAAUCACAAACCGAAUUCAUGGAGGUUAUGGAUAUGCUAGAUCGCCGUCUUAAUGAUAAAGGUAAGAAUUGGAGACAUAUUGCCAAAUCCUUGACAGUUUUGGAUUAUUUGGUGAGGUUCGGUUCGGAAAAAUGUGUUUUAUGGGCAAAGGACAACAUUUACAUUGUAAAAACAUUAAGGGAGUUUAUUCAUCUUGAUGAAGUAGAUAAGGAUCAGGGUGCAAUAAUCAGAGUUAAAGCAAAGGAGUUGGUGUCAUUAUUGAGAGAUGACGAGAGAUUGAAGCACGAGCGUGCAUUAGCUAAACGUGGAAGACGUACUGGAACGUUUGACGAUGAUGAUGAAAAUGAUGACUUUGGAGAGGGAAGAAGAGACAGAAGAAGAGAAAGGAGAAGAGAUAGAGGUGGCGAUGAGCCAUACGAUGCUGAUUUACAAAAGGCAUUAGAAUUGUCAAGAAUGACGGCUGAAGAAGAACAACUUCGUGCUAGAGAGACUGAGAAUGACCCCGAAUUGGAAGCCGCAAUCAAACUCUCAUUAGAGGAGGAGGAAUUGAGAAGGCAGAAUCAAAACGCAAACUUGUUAGAUUUGAAUGAAGAGCAGCAACAACCACAACAAUAUUUCUUGACUGGUUAUUAUCAACAACCACAACAGCAACAACAACAAUUCCUUCAACAGCCAACUCAACAAUACCAGCAGUAUGAUAUGUUUGGUAAUCCUAUUCAAAACCCCAUGGAGACUGGGUUUUAUCAGAACCAAUUUGAGCAACAGCAACAACCACAACCACAAUACCAGCCAAAUCAGUUCACUGGAUUCAACUAUGGACAACCUCAACAACAAGAACAGUUGCAGCCUUUGAAAACAGGUUCCAAUAAUCCUUUUGCUCUUGGAUCUGACUCCGGAAACAACCAAUCCAAGUCACAAUCUCAGACAUUGAAUGCGUUAGCUGAACAAAAGACACAAGAACAGUACCAACAGCAGCAGCAAGCCGCACAACAACAAGCUCAAUUUUAUACUCAGUCUACAGCUCCAUUAAAACAACAAAAUACCUCGUCAUCGAGAUUUAAUGAGACACACGAGUUGAACGAUCUCUUGACACAAGGAACUGGCUUGGACACUUUUGGAAACACUGGUGCCGCUCGUAUUCCACAUCAACACACAAGAACACAAAAUUUUAUCAACUCAAGUGGAACCGGAUAUAAACAGGUAACCAAUGAUCAACACAGGGUUAGUUCUAACGCUACAGGAAAUCCAUUUUUGAAUACUGGUAUUGGAUAUCAACAACAACAAGCGCCACCACAACAACAAAUCAAUACUGCUUACACUGGUUAUGGGUUUGGAAAUGCACAGACACAACCACAACAGUAUCAAAAACAAGCCAACGGGGAGGGCCCUAGUUUGAUAGAUAUUUAA